AUGUACGUCCAAUUGGUAGUUCCCCUCCUUCUUCUCACGCCGGUCUCGGCCUUCUUCAACUUCUUCCAGAACCAGCACCAGGAACCCGUUUUGGGCCAUGAAGAUAAGGUUCUUGGAAGCGAUUGCAACAAAUACGUCUGCUCCGACACUUUGGCGUGCGUAGACUCACCCAAAGAGUGUCCAUGUCCGAUGCCGGCGCUGCAGCUUCGGUGCGUAUUGCCAAAUUCGGAUUAUGUGUGUAUUUCGAAGCCUGCGGGCGAUUUUGGGGAGAAGUAUGAUGGGGCCGACAACUGGAAGGUGGAUGCUAAGGAUGAUGCGGUGAGAGACUGUGGAUGGGUGACCCGCGCGUGGAAGGGUGCUAUUUAA